AUGCGACUCAUUAUUUUCUUGAACUGGGUAGCUGCCGCUGCCUAUGCAUCCCAGCCUGCCAAUCCCAAGCUGACUGUCAACCCAGAUAUGUCGGAGCUAGUCGGUCGAGCCCUCCCCAACGCCCCAGAUGGCUAUGCUCCAGUCGAAGUCAAUUGCCCAUCCCCGCGGCCGCAUGUGCGCAGUGCUGCCAAUCUGUCCUCAGAUGAGCAGGAUUGGCUUAAGCUACGACAGAAGACGACCCAUCAAGCUAUGAAGGACUGGUUCGGUCACGUUCGUAUAAGCGAUUUUGACACAGUCGCGUAUCUCAAUGAUCACGCGAACAAACCCGCGAAUCUGCCCAACAUUGGCAUUGCUGUUUCUGGCGGAGGAUAUCGCGCUUUGAUGAACGGUGCUGGUGCUUUGAAGGCCUUUGAUAGUCGCACUGAAAACUCUACAGCAUCAGGUCAGCUUGGUGGCUUGCUUCAAUCUUCCACAUACCUGGCUGGUCUCAGUGGCGGCGGUUGGUUACUGGGCUCGCUCUAUAUGAACAACUUCACCUCUGUCUCUUCUUUGCAGACCAAUACCCUCGGUACUCCAUGGCAGUUCUCCAACUCCAUUUUGGAAGGUCCAGAUGAUGGCGGCGCUCUCCUGUCUUCUGCAGUGAAAUACUACGAGCAGCUCUCAUCAGCUGUUAGCGCAAAAGGAAAUGCUGGUUUUCCGACCAGCUUGACAGAUCUCUGGGGCCGUAUGCUGUCAUACCAGCUCAUCCAUGCCUCAGAGGGAGGUAUCAAUUACACUUGGAGCUCAAUCGCAGCUACGGAAAGCUUUCGACAAGCCGAGAUGCCCAUGCCAAUCCUUAUCGCAGACGGCCGCAACCCCGGAGAGAAAGUCGUCGGAGGCAACUCAACGAUCUAUGAAUUCAACCCAUGGGAGUUUGGCUCUUUCGAUCCUACCGUCUUUGGAUUCGCUCCCUUGCAGUAUUUAGGCUCCACCUUUGAGAAGGGUGUCGUGCCACCGCAUGAAAAAUGUAUCCGAGGGUACGACAGCGCCAGCUUCAUUAUGGGAACUUCAUCCAGCCUCUUUAAUCAGUUCUUGCUCAACCUCAACUCCACUGAUCUCGGCAAUACAGCAAAGAAGAUGAUCCGCGAGGUUCUUGGCAGUUUUGACGAGGAAGCAUUUGACAUUGCUAAUUACACCAACCCCUUCUACCAUGCAUCUACUGGGACGACCCUCACCAAAGAUCCUUAUCUCGCCAUCGUCGAUGGGGGCGAAGACUUACAAAACAUCCCUCUCCAUCCCAUGAUUCAACCAGAGAGAAAAUUGGACGUCGUUUUCGCCAUCGACUCCUCUGCCGAUACCAACAACUGGCCCGACGGCACCUCUCUCGUCGCGACCUACGAGCGCAGCCUCGAGGGUAGAAUAAACAACGGCACCGGGUUUCCCGCCAUCCCAGACCGAAACACAUUUUUGAACCUUGGUCUCAAUAACCGUCCAACCUUCUUCGGCUGUGAUACCUCCAAUCUCACCGGCACUCAGUCAAACUCACCACUCGUUGUGUAUAUCCCUAACUCACCCUACGUCAUAAAUUCCAAUAUCUCGACAUUCAAGAUGAGCCACAAUGAUACCCAGCGCGAUGCAUUGAUUCUAAACGGGUAUAACGUUGCAACUAUGGGCAAUGGAACCCGAGAUUCAGAGUGGUCGACUUGUGUGGGUUGUGCUGUGUUGUCCAGAUCGCUAGGGCGCACAAACACCAGCACGCCAGCUGCUUGCAGUAAAUGCUUUGAACGCUACUGUUGGAAUGGAACAACCGAUAGCCGUGUACCCUCUGCUUACGAGCCGAAGCUGAUUCUAGAGCAAGUCAAUUUGACUAUGAAGCCAUCUAUCAACCUUAUACCAACCUAA